AACUCAAUAUAAUUGAAAUAAAAAGUUUUGAAAAUAUUGGCUAACAUAAACUAAAACAAUUUAAUAAGAGACCAAUCAACAAAUCUUAAAAACGACCACCGCUCUUACUUCUGUGGACAAGUUUCUAGUGAAUACCAUACAAAUAUUCUGCUUAUAAAAUUCUACAAACUCGUAAAAAAAACCAUCAAUAAAAAUAAACCUCCACAAAAUAUUAUUCGACAACAAUUUUGGAUUAUCGGAGAGGGAUUAAAAAAUUUCCGGCAUAUAAAAGGUGUAAUAACACCCGAUCAGAGUAACAGCAACAACAACACGGAAAUCAUACAGAUUGUAAUUGUAAUUCACAGCACAAGGAAAUCGCAACGACAGCAACAAUAAGAACAACAACAUCAGCAAAGCGAGAAUUGCCCAUUCUUCAGCAGCAGUUCGCUUGUCUACCGCAUUGUUGUUGCCGCUUGUCGCUGCAUGUCAGCAGCAUUCCCCCAUUUGGCAAAGUGUUAAAGGCUCCGCAAUAAAUAGUGACUACCGAAAAAACCGAGAACACAAUCGAUAUAGUGUUAAUAAACAGGAGCACACGGACAAAGGCCCAUAAAUACGACAAAAUAAUUAUACCAAAAACCAAGGAGUUGGAAAGACAAAGAAAGACAAUACAAAAAAGUAUAUUAAAAACAAAAAAUAAGCCAAAUUGCAGUUCAAUUACAUAUUUACUGAACCUUAAAAGAAAACAACUGAGAAAAAGUCUAUAUAAAAAGAAAAACAUAAUUAUUGCUGGAAACAAGAGCAACAGAAACGAAGAAAACAUCUACUGAGCUGAAAACGUGAACAAAAAACCAAAAUUGGACAUAAAAACGUACAACAGUAAUUACUGGUCUACUUGCAACACAACAAAUUUAAUACUGCAAUAACAAUAAGCAAGAAAUAAUACCAGCAACAAAACAACUUUAACGAGUACCAACAUUCACAUGCACCAACUCGCAUCACCCUAAUAGUCAGCCGGAGGUACAACAUGGAUAGCAUGUCGUCGUCAAUAGAACCGGUGCCGAUGGUGCCGCGUACCGCCAAUUUGCUGGCCUGCAAACAAUGGUGGCGCGUCUGCUUCUUGUACGGGGACCAGCAGAAGUACUACCGACAAGUUUACAGCAAAGCGGCUGCCCAACGUCUGGCGCUCUCCACUGGCGGCGUCGGCGCGCUUGCCACUGGAUUUGCAGCGGACAACGGCAACGACGACAACGAAAACGAAAACGAAAACGAGACGAAUAGUGGCAAGGACAGUGGUUGUAGUGGCAGCAUGCAUAACGCUGACUACGAUACAGUGGCCGGCGAUUUUAUCGAAACGCAAUUAGAAGAGGCAGAUGCUAACCCCACAACAGCUAUAACAACUUCAACAAUAACAAUUGAUGCGAUCAGUGGCGCCGAUAUGGGUAAAACCCGUAAUCAGGAGGUGGACAAACUGUUGACGAAGAAGAAGAAAAAGCAAAAAGGCAAAGAAAGUGACGAACAAGCGCCGCCAGUGCCACUCUUUCCCUCCAAGUAUCAGGCGCACACCAAUGCCGCGACGGGGUCGUCAACCACUUCAUCACCGAUAUCUGCGACAAGUCGUGGCAAAAAGUUGCUACGCUCUUUGCGCGGUCACGUCAGUAAAGUUAGUGAGUCAACGGUGGGCGGCGGCAGGUCAGCAAAAGAGCGACAUAAAAACGCGAGCGAUCUGCACGGCAGCGAGGCGACUAAAGGUAAUGCACGCGUCACAGUUUUGGAUGAUCCUUUCCUAUUCGGCAUAGACGCGGACCAUUUGGGCGAUUUGGUGCGCGGCAAGCAGUAUGCUGCCAACACCACGGAAGACAUUUCCAAGUAUUAUAGCUCUUAUCUGGCGCAGGAACAGGAGCUAAUGGUGGAUGCUCAUAACGCAACACAAGUUGAUUUCGGGCAACACUUAUCCACAGCACCCUCAACGCCGGAACAGUUUAGUUCACUGCAGUACGAGGGAGAGGAUCCAAAGCCCGCGCUACCGCCUAAGAAGAAAAAGCAAAGUAAUUAUGAAGCUUUGGAUAGCAUAUUAAAGGGGAGCACUGAGAGUGGCGGCACUUCUGAAUUGCAACUAAAUGAAAAUGAGUUGAAACUUCUGAAUCUGAGUAUGCGCAAUCGCAGUUUGCCACGGAGCAUGAAACCAUUUAAAGAUGUGCCAACCGAUAUCAGUUUUACAUUUACGGAAGCCGAUGGCUACGGGUCGUCACCGCCGCGUUCAACGCCAUUGCAGAAAAGUGCCACCUGUGAGCGAGAUAUUAAUUUGGGAGCGCAUCGAAGCCACAGAGACUGUAAUGA